AUGCAGUUAUUUUUGAAACUUUUGGCGUUGGUCACAUUAACCUUUAUUCUUUCCGCUUCGACCAAUUCCUCAUCAGAUUACUUGUUCGUGAAUGGAACGCGAUUGUAUUUUCGACAGUCUCAAGUUUUCCUCUCUGGAGUCAACUUUGCAUGGAAUAGCUAUGCCUCCGAUUUUGGAAAUGGACAGUACUCCAAAAACGGGGCAGUUUUAGAGGCUUGGAUUAAAGAUAUAGCAAAAAGUGGGGGGAACGUGGCAAGAAUAUGGCUUCAUUGCGAGGGACAAAACACACCAGAGUUUAACUCGCAUGGUGUACCCACGGCUCCCGACAGAGAUCGGACAUUAAUUUCCGACUUAUCUCAAUUCCUUGACAUUGCAGAAUUCAACAACGUGUUUGUAAUUUUGGUUUUAUGGAAUGGAGCAGUUGGAGUUAAUACCCGUUAUAAAGAUUUAAUUAUGAAAGAUAUCAACUUGGACGCAUAUUUACAAAAUGUUCUUUUGCCCAUGGUGAAAGCGAUAAAAACCAAGUCAGCCCUGGCAGCUUGGGAAAUUAUGAACGAACCUGAAGGACUGCUAGAAAUGGUUUCAGAUGACAAUUCUUGCUUUGAUACUGCAAAGAUGAAGCCAUUUGGAGGUGGCUGGACUAAAAGCAACAUUUCUAUGCAGCGCGUGCUAAACUUUAUCAACAAGCAUGCUGCAACAAUUAAGAAUGAAGAUCCAAAGGCGCUUGUCACUCUAGGAUCAUGGCAUUUUAUGCCACAAACUGACGCAUUUCCUUCAGACACCUGUGGAUGCUGCAACGUACCAACUGGAUAA